AUGGAGUUGAUCAAAGACAACAUCCUUCCUCAACUGGAUAAAUUCGUUGAACAAGAUAAGGAGAGGGACUUACUAUUACGUAUUCUGAUUAAAACGAUCGACGAGAAAGAAGAUCAAGUUCGGAAACUGAAUUAUGAACUCGAGCACGAACGAGAUUCACGGCUCCGAUACCAGCAUAAAGUACGUGAAUUGCAGGAGGAUAAUAAGACGCUGGAUGGUAUCAUUAAAAAAGACCCCUUUGUGACAGUACUGGUAGAUGGAGAUGGGGCUAUAUUUCGUAACGAGUUUUAUGACAACCCUGCACACGGGGCUCAAAAAGCCUCUGUGGCCUUGCAGCAAGAAGUCAGAAGUCAUCUCAAAAAGACGCAGCUCGACGCAGAUGAUGUUCCAAUCUUAGUUCGCAUUUUUGCCAACCUCCAUGGCCUUGCGGGGAAAAUGCGCUCGUUGGAUAUAAUUGAAAGUGACAAGGAUAUGCGCAUAUUUGCUGAAUAUUUCAAUAAGAGUCGUGCAGAGUUUGACAUGGUGGACGUAGGAAGCGGCAAAGAAAAUGCAGAUGCGAAAAUGCGAAAAACGCUUGCCCAGUCGAUUAAAAACUUUCAGUGCAGAAAGAUCUUCUUCGCGGGUUGUCAUGACGCUGGCUAUAUGCACGACUUGGCUGAAUACCAAGGUGACGAGAGCAACAAAUCACGUAUAAUCCUGCUGGAGACAACGCCGGCGCAUCAUAGCUUCUGCGAGAUGGGCUACGAAAUAGUACAAUUCGACCGUGUUUUCCGAUCUCUUCCCCUUGAGAGCGCAUUAAAGCAGGUUUCUUCUCCAACCUCACCCCAAACCAUUCAACCGAUAUCUCAGGAGGCGACUUCCUUAGCCAACCAUGGAGCAUUACCAGCGAAUUCCCCGCAAAUAUUAUUGCCUUUCGAAGCUGAAAAUCUUAUCAGUUCAGGCAAGGUCGGGCACUCCAUCAACUAUCCAAACAGCUCAGCUGUCACCUACGCCACGGUUGGGCUUGCCAGCGGCAAUCAAAACAUAUCUCUCGUCAAGAACGCCACAGCUCCACUGAAAAUUCACCGCAAUGCGAAAGGCGACCGAGUAGACACAGCGUUGAAGGCAUUUAAUAAUGACCAAGUCAUGAAUACUUACUUAAGAAAACUAGAGACUAUCAAACCACAGGGGUUCUGUAACGAACACCAUUUACUGGGCAGAUGUGAACGCCCAUCCUGCAAAAUGAACCAUGAAACAACUUUAACAGACCAAGAGACAGCCUUCCAUCGGAAUCGAGCCCGCCAGACCCUCUGUGGAAACGGGCCCUUGUGUGAAAGGUACGGGUGUUACCUGAGCCAUCACUGUCCGUGGGAUCCUUGUACCUAUGGUAAAGGUUGCAAGUUUAAAACCACAAAAUUCGGGGAUUUGCAUUAUGAAAGGACGGAAAAAGAGAUUGAGACUGUGUGGGCCGAGGAUGCUGCUUUCCCAGUACAUAUUCGAAAACAGGGAUCCGAUAUUUCAGUUUGA